AUGCCUUCGAUCCUAAAUGACGAUGACAAGCAGAAUGUCAAGCGCCAGGUGCCCAAGGCUUCCAACAAGAUCCACGCCGUCGCUGUCGCCAAAUUGUAUAUUGCAUAUCCAAACCACAACAGAUGGCAGUAUACCGGUCUGCAGGGCGCUGUAGUCCUUGCCAACGAUCUCGUCGGCAACACCUUCUGGAUCAAGAUGGUCGACGUCUCGCCCUCGAACCGCGGUGUCGUCUGGGACCAGGAAAUCUAUGACACCUUCCAGUACAACCAGGACCGUACCUUCUUCCACACCUUCGAGCUCGAGAAUUGUCUGGCUGGCCUAUCGUUUGCAGAUGAGAAGGAAGCGAAGCAAUUCAAGAAGAAGAUGGAUGAACGCGAGAAGAACGCACACAAGAACACAAAGAACAAGCCUUUUGGCAGUGGCAGUGGUUCGAACAAGGACUAUUCUGCUGCCAGCGCAGGUGGUGGUGGCUCGACUAGACACCGUUUCGGACUCAGCAGUCUGCUACCCGGCCAUCGCAACUCGCACGCUCCUCAGGCUCCAGCUCAAUCCAUUAUCCCCCCACGCGAUGUGGCUAUCGGUCACGCUGCGCCUUCUCGUCCCACGCCAACUCACAACUUGGACAUGUCGGACCCUGCUGUACAAGAAGUGCUCAACCAGCUGCUGUCCAUGGGCAUUACCGAGGAUCAGCUAGAGGAGCACGCUGGCUUCAUUCAGACUUAUCUUGAGCAACACAAGGCCACUGCCGCUGCUGAGGAGGAGCGCAAGGCCAGAGCACCGCCACCACCCCCGCCUGUCGCUGCGCAGAUGUCUCCUCAAACCACUGGAGGAAGUGGAAGCACUUCAAGACGUGGUCCUCCACCUGCUCCGCCACAACCUAGAAGGGGCGCCGCACCAGUGAGACCACCAUCUCCCUCACCUUCGCCUCCGCGCGCUCCUUCACCCCUCGUCCCAUGUUCCGUGCUCCUCCUCCGAUUGCCGACGCCGGAAAGUACGCCAAUGUCCCUGCUCCGCCUGCCAGAUCCAGGGCCUCGUCUUCUGUCGCUCCUCCGCCUCCACCGCGUGUCCCAGCCAAGACGCCGGCAGACGAACCAUCCUCGUCCAGAUUCGGUGUUCCUCCUCCUUUCGCUGGCAAUCGUAUUCCGUCUGGUCCUCCUCCCACUCCUGCUCGAGGUCCUCCGCUCCUCCUCCACCCCCUCUUCCUCCACCAUCUGCUCGUCCUGUCCCUCCUCCUCCUGGAGCUGGUGGCCUGCCUCCUCCGCCUCCUCCGCCUCCUCCCCUUCCUCCGAUGUCGUCUGGCGGCGCUCCCCCACCCCUCCUCCAAUGCCACCAAUUGGUGGUGCUCCUCCGCCGCCUCCAUUGCCUCCAGGUCGUGCUCCUCCUGGUGGAGAUGCUCCAGCACCUCCGCCGUUGCCUCCUGUUGGUGGUGGUGGCAGAGACGAUCUUCUUGCUUCUAUUCGAGGUGGUGCCCGCCUCAAGAAGGUCUCUGAUCAAGAGAAGAGAGAUCGCAGUGCUGCAGCGGUGCCAGGAAGUGAGCCUCCUGUAUCGAGCGGUCCCAGUGGUGGCGGUGGUGGCGAUGCUGCCGCUGCUGGUGGUCUCGCUGGUGCUUUGGCCAGUGCACUUGCUGCUAGGAAGUCUAAAGUUAGCCAUAGUGAUGAUGAAGACGACAAGGAUGACUGGUAG